UUGAAAUCUUUCGAACAUUUCGGGCGAUCAACGGCGUAACAUUCUUUGAAAUAAAUUCGAAUCUUCUAAAGCUUCGUCGGUUUGUAAAAUAACUUCUCUUUUUGCCUAAUUUAACAAAAUUUUCACAGAAAAUAAUGACCGAUUUGCAGCGUAGAAGCCAGUUGCUACACACAAUGAAAGUCCACCAGCCAAUAAGCGAAAAUGUGAGGACAUUGAAGCCGCAAGGACACGUGGGAUUUGACGCUUUUCCCGAUCAACUCGUCAAUAAGUUCAUCCAUCGGGGCUUCACUUUUAACAUACUGUGUAUCGGCGAGACGGGUAUCGGCAAAUCCACAUUAAUGGAUACUCUUUUUAACACGUCUUUCGAGUCUCCCGAAAGUCCACACAAUCUGCCAGGCGUGAAAUUAAGAUCGAAAACUUACGAGCUUCAAGAAUCCGAUGUGUGCUUGAAAUUGACCUUGGUGGAAACAGUUGGUUAUGGAGAUCAGAUUAAUAAACAACACAGUUAUAAACCAAUUGUCGAUUACAUUGAUGCCCAGUUUGAGGCAUAUUUACAAGAAGAAUUGAAAAUUAAACGAAAUUUGGAUACGUAUCAUGAUUCUCGCGUCGACGUCUGCCUUUAUUUUAUUGUUCCCACGUGCCACGGGUUAAAAUCUGUCGAUGCGAUGUGCAUGAAAGAACUCAGCAGCAAAGUCAACAUCAUUCCUAUAAUUGCAAAAGCCGAUAUCGUCUCAAAAACCGAAUUACAGAAAUUUAAAAUCAAGAUAAUAAGCGAAUUGGUAAGCAACGGAAUUGAAAUUUAUCAAUUUCCAACAGACGACGAAAGUGUUGCGGAGAGAAAUGCUUCGAUGAAUGCUCACAUUCCCUUCGCUGUCGUUGGAAGCGCAGAAUUUGCACGUGUUGGAAAUAAAGUAGCAAGAGUCCGACAGUAUCCGUGGGGCGUUAUUGAAGUGGAAAACGAUGCUCAUUGUGAUUUUGUAAAACUGAGAGAAAUGAUGAUCAGGACCAACAUGGAAGAUAUGAAAGAGACGACUCAUAUGUGCCACUACGAACUUUACAGGCAAAAACGUCUCACUCAAAUGGGAUUCUCGGACGUCGACUCUAAAAACAAGCCUAGCAGCCUCCUAGAGAUUUACAGACAGAAGAGGCGAGAACAUCUCCAGGAACUGGAAAAGAAAGAAAAUGAAACACGAGAGAUGUUUGUGGUUCGAGUGAAGGAAAAAGAAAACGAAUUGAAAGAAGCGGAAAAAGAGUUGCACAAGAAAUUCGACAGAUUAAUGAGAAAACACGCGGAAGAAAAGAAAAAGUUAGACGAAGACGGACGACAACUGGAGGAAGAAAUCUCUGCCUUUAGAAAUAGACCCGGAAGCGUUUACUCUCAGAAUUCUGCCACCGGAAGCGAUUGGAAGAUGUAAAAAGAAAUACCAAAUAUUUUCGAUUACGUUUCUGUCAAAAUUUCAAUACAUCAUUAUAACGAAAUACAUCGAUUGCAUUUUUUAAAUAUAAAAAUUUAAAUUAAUAAUAAACGAUUUCUAUUAAA